AGGUGAUGGUGUUUUUCUAUCCUUUCUUUCUCAUCCACACCACACCAUCUCUGCGUUUCUCUCUCUUCAAAGACUCAAAGAGAGAUGAGGAGAGAGAAAGGAGCUACCUUGUUCUUACAUGCAUGCCUAUAAUUGGAUUUUCUUGAUUUUAGCAAGAAAUAUAAAAAAACCAUUGCAAAACCUGCAAAGAGGUAGCAGUGUGUGUGCAGACCUCUCUCUCUCUCUCUUUCCAACCAAAAAGUUGUCUCGUGGGGUGAAGCCAAAGAUGAAGAAGAAGCCAUAAACAAGGAAGAGGCAGUUGAAGCUUCUCUGUGAAAGAGAGAGUUUCAAAGCAAGAAACCAAAAAAGAAGCAAAAAUCAAACCUUGGAGCAACACUCACUUUGUCCAUUUUUUUCAACUACUUUAAUUUUAGCCUUUCUCUAGCUGCUGCUGCCGCUCAAACUCAAGAAAUGAUGAAACAAAUCUCAGCCAUCCAAGAAGAGAACAUCUCCAACCUCACCUCCGCCUCCAACGACGCCAGCGCCGCCUCCUCCACCGGCGGAGAAAUGUACCCGCCGCCGUAUUUCCAAACCCCACCUCCGCCCGCCAAGAAAAAGAGGAGCCAACCAGGCCAUCCAGACCCUGGUUCAGAAGUAAUCUCUCUCUCUCCAAGAACUCUCAUGGCGACGAACAGAUUUGUGUGUGAAAUCUGCAACAAAGGGUUUCAGAGAGACCAGAAUCUACAGCUGCACAGAAGAGGGCACAACCUGCCAUGGAAGCUGAAGCAGAGAAGCAGCAAAGAUGUGAGGAAAAAGGUUUAUGUGUGCCCCGAGACAACCUGCGUCCACCACGACCCUUCGAGGGCGUUGGGAGAUCUCACAGGAAUCAAGAAACACUUUUGCAGAAAACAUGGUGAGAAGAAAUGGAAAUGUGAGAAGUGCUCAAAGAAGUAUGCAGUUCAAUCAGACUGGAAAGCCCACUCCAAAACUUGUGGCACUAGGGAAUACAGAUGUGACUGUGGCACCCUUUUCUCAAGGAGAGACAGCUUCAUCACACACAGAGCCUUCUGUGAUGCUCUAGCAGAAGAAAGUGCCAAAUCCAUCACCCCCACCCCCACAAUCCCAUUACUCCAAAAUGCUGCAACUUCUUCUUCUCUAUCUUUUUCCCACCACAUAAACCUGCAGCAGAUUCAAUCCCAAUUCGGCAAUGCAGCUGCACAAAAUCAAGAACUCCCAUUUCCAAUCAAGAAAGAGCAUCAAAGCUUCACCCUGAGACCCCCAUGGCUUGCCCCACCGCCCCAUGCACCACCCCCCCUUGACCUCACCACCCCAUCUUCCAUCUUCCAAGAUUUCCAAGAAAACCACACCAAUCAUCACAACCCCCAAAAUCCAAACCCUAACCCUAACACCACCACCACCAUGGGCCCCACCACCACCACCUUCCACCCCUUCCACCACCACCCACCGCCACACAUCUCAGCCACUGCAUUGCUGCAGAAAGCAGCAGAGAUGGGCUCCAAAAGCAGCACCAGCACCAGCACCCCCACCCCCACACCCACCACCCAAUCAAGGCCCCACAUUGCUCACGUGCCUGGUUUCGGCCUAAAGCUGCUGGCCCCACGUGACCACUUCAUCAAUGGCGCCUUGGCCCCAUUCGGGAACAAUAAUAAAGCUGCUGCUUCUUCUUCUCCCCCUUCCAUGCUUCACGAUAUGAUGAUCCACAAUCAAGGGUUAACUACUUUCGAGGACGUCGACGAUGACAAUUUGUCGUUUGCUGGGAUCUUGAACAACAACAACAAUAACAACAGCUCCUCCUCGUCGUCGAAGAGGGUCGACGAAAGUUUGGAUUUUGAUGCGACCCUUAAUCACUUCAGCGCCUCUAAUGGCGGAAAUCACGACGAUGGGAUGACGAGGGAUUUCCUAGGGUUGAGGCCCUUGUCUCAAAGCGACAUCCUAAGCUUCGCAGGUUUGAGUAGUUGCAUGAAUACUACUUCUUGCGCUGAGCAUCAGAGUCAAACACAGAGAUCUUGGCAAGGUUGAUUAAUUAGUUCUUGUUCAAGAGUUUUUUAAUUUGGUGGAUGGGGUUGGGUUGGGGUGGGGUAGGGGGGUGGGGUGAGUUUAGAAUCUUGAUCCUUGUUCAAUGUAUGGUUUCAUUAAUUAGUUUAAUUACUCUCCUUGAAGAGAAAGAGCUAGCUACUUUGUCCAAAAAAAAAAAUGAAUGAAACCCUAGUCAAUAUAUAUCUCAACUCCUUUUGAUCAAUAUAUAUAUAUCUUUGUUUGA